GACGGGAUCGUCGUCUUCGACGAAGAAUCCGACCCACCCCCCCCCACUAUAAUUUCGCUGUGUGAGUUGCAAUCCUUGGACGCUACUUGGGGUUCUGAUCUUGCGUGAUACGUCUUCGCAGUGUUGGUUUUUGUCGGUAUGGCGUCGAAUGAGGCAAAGGAAGUAGUUUUCAGUGCUGAGGAAGUGCAGCGGCACGUCUCACCGGGUGACUGCUGGAUAAUCGUGCGUGGGAAGGUGUACGAUAUAUCGACGUUUAUGGAUGACCACCCCGGGGGUGAUGACGUGCUUUUGCAAGCUGCAGGACGAGAUGCUACGGAAGAAUUUGACAACGUGGGGCACAGUAAGGCUGCCAUUGCGCAAAUGGAAACCUUUCAUGUUGGGGAGUGCCCGGAGGUGUUGAAAAAGAACCUAGCUACUGAGGAAGGAGUUGAAAGUGAAACUCGCAAAUCUACGUACAAAAUAGGGAUAUGGAGUAAGAUCUUCGAGUUUAUGGUGCCUGCUCUGCUUCUGGGAGUUGCGUUUGCUCUCAGGAACUUUGGCAAGAACAGCGAUUUCGUUCAGAAUGAUGCAUGCAUGUUAAAACAAGAAUAAAAACGUUUACUCUUGCGAGCAUAACAGAAUGUGGUAAAGUGAAUAGCCUGGAGUAUCACUAAGCUGAUUGUGGAAGAAUCCUAUGUGAUGUUCUACUCCUUGCAGUUCCAGACCUUGCUGCAUGAGUCAUGAUCACAAGUAUGUGGUCCAUUUUACGGACUGUACUCAAUUUUGGGAA